UGAGCGGAGCCGAGCGCUGAUUAGCUCGCUGGUGCUCCAAAAAGCCUAGAGCGGGCGGAAGUGCCGGCGGAAGUUGGCGUCUUUGGGCCGGUGUCUGGCGCGGGAAGAUGCUUCCCCUGUCCUUGCUGAAGACGGCACAGAACCACCCCAUGUUGGUGGAGCUGAAAAAUGGAGAGACUUACAACGGCCAUCUGGUGAGCUGUGACAACUGGAUGAACAUCAACCUGCGGGAAGUCAUCUGUACCUCUAGGGAUGGAGACAAGUUCUGGAGGAUGCCCGAAUGCUACAUCCGUGGCAGCACCAUCAAGUACUUGCGCAUCCCAGAUGAGAUCAUUGACAUGGUGAAGGAGGAAGUGGUGUCAAAAGGCCGGGGCCGGGGCGGAAUGCAGCAGCAGAAGCAGCAGAAGGGGCGCGGGAUCGGCAGCGCAGGGCGAGGGGUGUUCGGUGGCCGCGGCCGAGGCGCCAUACCCGGGAGUGGCCGAGGACAGCAAGAAAAGAAGCCGGGGAGACAGCCAGCAAAACAGUGAGGAAGCGCUCAUUGUGAGAGACUGCGUUGGCUUCCAGUUCUGUGUGUUCAAGCGAGGAAGAGCUGCCGUCUCCCGCAGUCUCUCCACACAACGAAUUCUAGGUUCUUCAGUUUUUCCUUCUUGCAGAGAUCCAGAAGUGAGGCCUGACUCGACUCCACACCCCCACCCCCUGCCAACGAGGCUUUUGUUAGUGGUUUUAGACAAAGUUUGUGAUUAGAAAUCAUGCCCGGGGUAUUGCAGGCCUCUUGGCCACUUUUCUGAAAUCAGCUUUAGUGGACACUUGUCAUUGUGCCCCGGCGAAUUGUAUUUUCAGCCCCGUUUGGUUGUGCAAAACUUGUUUGUUUCCCUUUUGGAAUAGCUUUGAUGCAAACAGAAGUAAUUCACCUUCUUUAGAAGCAAUAGAAUUGAAAAUGGUUGCCAUAUUUACAAGAAUCCCCGGCCUCCUCCCUUCCGCAAACUACGUUUAAACAAAAUUAUUCCUUUUUUGGGUUGUUAAGGGGCAUUGGCUCUGCCCUAUAAAGACCGUUUGUGACAAACACGCAGUAAGGCCCAAGAAUGAGGAUGGCCAGAAUUGAGUGGCAGCUCUCGCCAGAUAGGACUGACCCCCUUGUGGCAAAGAAAUGUGUAAAGCCACUGUUUCCAGUGAACUUGGAUUGACCCACCCAUCUUGUCCCUGGGAACACAUUUGUGUUGCAUCUCACAGGCUGGCUUCCUUCUGGUAAGAGUGUCAUGGGCAAGAGAGUCAGAAUUGGACCUCUUUGUUGGAUGAGGGGGUCUUUGUUACUCCCCUUCAGCUAU